GAGGCCUCGGAAGUGAUCUCGGGGGUGGGAUUUAUGGCCCAACCUGGUUGGACUGGGAAAGAUUGGACUUGCUUACUUCCGGCGAGGAAGUGUUGCGAAGUGUCGGCUUCGGUUGUUUCUCGGUUUGUAAGCAGAAACCCGUCUUCCCAGCCUUGGCUGCGGGAGCGUGGUCUUCCAGGAGAGCUCCCCGGGACAGAAGCCUUGAGGAUAGGGAAUGGGCUUUGUGUCUGGCCGAGGGUCCUGUCCCUAACCUUGACCGGGCCGGUCCCGUGUCUCGGGGUCAGGGGCGAUUUCCAGGAAUCCAGGUCCAAAUCUGUACUUGUAACCCUACUUCUCUUCCGGACCGAUGAAGUCUCCCGUUGGUCUGUCAAGGUCUUGUGGCUUGAAGGACAGGACCAGUUUUGACCAUUGUAAUGUUUUUGACUCCUGUUUUGACUUAAGUUUGGCUUGUAGAGAGAAGGAGCGGCUGUGUCUGGACUAGUUAAUAAGUCUUGUCCUAUUAUGUAUAUGACAUUUAAUGUUCUUCAUCACUAAAAUUGUGUUUGGUUAGGCCUGAUGUCAGAUUUUUAUGGCUCUCCUUUACAUUUUUUUAAAUGGAAUAUUCUCUUAGCAAUUGUCUUAUGGGUGGAGUAAUGGCUGUCUUGUAGUGCAUAUUUUCAAAAAAAUUGCUCUGUUGAGUGGUCAUUUUUAGUAUAGAUGACCUCUUUGUCAUCUCUUUGCUAAUAAUGAUUUUCAAUAUAUCAGUAGGUUGCACACUAAUGAAAGCGUCCUUCAGUAGAUCUUAAAGAGCAGGAGACAAAUUUGGUCAGUGUAAUACAGCUAACCUGGAGAGACAUCCCUCUGAGUUGGAAUGAUAAUGACAGAAUCUGGGGAAGGUAUAGACUUAGACCCUCCAGCUGAGACUUCACAAGAGCAAGACCUUCUAAUAGUGAAAGUGGAAGAAGAAGACUGCACCUGGAUGCAGGAGUACAAUCCGCCAGUGUUUGAGACUUUUUACCAGCGCUUCAAGGACUUCCAGUACCAUGAGGCAUCAGGCCCGAGGGAGGCGCUGAGCCAGCUCCGGGUGCUCUGCUGUGAGUGGCUGAGGCCCGAGCUGCACACCAAGGAGCAGAUCCUGGAGCUGCUGGUGCUGGAGCAGUUCCUGACCAUCCUGCCAGAAGAGUUCCAGACUUGGGUGAGAGAACAUCACCCGGAAAGCGGAGAAGAGGCUGUGGCUGUGGUAGAAAAUAUACAGAGAGAACUAGAGGAACGCAGACAACAGAUUGUGGCAUGUCCUGAAGUCCUUCCUCAGAAGAUGGUGCCACCUGGAGCUGUGCAGGAGUCCUUCAGUCACCAGCUCCUGUCCGUGGACCCCCAGCCUGAACAAGAGCCACAGAAGCCUCAUCUUCUGGAGGAAAAUGCCCUUCCUGCUCUCCAAGUUCCUUCUCUUCCCCUGAAGGACAGCCAGGAGUUGACAGCCUCACUUCUCUCAGCUGGGUCCCAGAAGUUGGUGAAAAUUGAAGAUGUGGCUGAUGUGGCUGUGUCCUUCAUCCUGGAGGAAUGGGGACAUUUGGACCAGUCCCAGAAGUCCCUCUGUAGGGAUGACAGGAAGGAGAAUUAUGGGAGUAUUACUUCCGUGGAUUAUGAGUCCAGGAAUGACAAUAUGGAACUCAUAGUAAAACAGAUUUCUGAUGAAGCCGAAUCACACUGGAUGACAUCAGGAGGCACUGAAAGAAAUGUUCCCCAGAGUCAAGAAUUUGGAGAAGUUAGUGACCUUCAUGGCAUGGUAGAAAGGUGGCAGGUAAACCCCACUGUGGGGAAAUCAAGGCAGAGCCCUUCCCAGAAAAGAGAUAUUGGUGCCGUCACAGACAUUAAUCGUAAGCAAAACACAAACAGCGAGAGAGGUCACAAAUGUAACGAUUGUGGUAAAUUUUUCCUUCAAGCCUCAAACUUCAUUCAACAUCGGCGAAUCCACACUGGAGAAAAACCAUUCAAGUGUGGUGAAUGUGGGAAAAGCUAUAAUCAGCGUGUGCACCUUACUCAGCAUCAGCGAGUCCAUACUGGUGAAAAACCCUAUAAGUGUCAGGUGUGCGGAAAAGCCUUCCGUGUGAGCUCCCACCUUGUCCAGCAUCACAGCGUGCACAGUGGAGAGAGACCCUAUGGAUGCACCGAGUGUGGGAAAAACUUCAGCCGGCACUCCCAUCUGAUUGAGCACCUGAAGCGCCACUUCAGAGAGAAAGCCCAAAGAUGCAAUGACAAAAGAAGUAAGAAUACAAAAUUGAAUGUUAAGAAGAAAAUUUCAGAAUUUUCAGAAGCAGACAUAGAACUCUCAGGAAAAAUCCAAAGAGAUGUUUCUCAAGGUCAAGAUUUUGGAGAAGGCCAUGAACACCAAGGCAAGUUGGAUAGAAAGCAGGGAAUUCCUAUGAAAGAGAUACUAGGACAACCCUCUUCAAAAAGGAUAAAUUUCAAUGAUGUCACAUACGUCCACAAAAAGUCUUCCACAGGAGAGAGACCGCAUAAAUGUAACGAAUGUGGAAAAAGCUUUAUUCAGAGUGCACAUCUUAUUCAACAUCAGCGAAUACACACUGGGGAGAAACCCUUUAAGUGUGAUGAAUGUGGGAAAAGCUACAAUCAACGUGUGCACCUAACUCAACAUCAGCGAGUCCACACUGGUGAAAAACCCUAUACCUGUCAUUUAUGUGGGAAAGCGUUUAGAGUGAGGUCCCAUCUUGUUCAGCAUCAGAGUGUGCACAGUGGGGAGAGACCCUUUAAGUGUAACGAGUGUGGGAAAGGCUUUGGGAGGCGUUCACACCUGGCCGGGCAUCUGAGACUCCACUCUAGAGAGAAAUCCCAUCAGUGCCAUGAAUGUGGAGAAAUCUUUUUUCAGUAUGUUAGCCUAAUUGAACAUCAGGUGCUCCACAUGGGUCAGAGAAAUGAAAAAAAUGGCAUUUGUGAGGAGGCAUAUAGUUGGAACUUAACAGUGAUUGAAGAUAAGAAGAUUGAGUUACAAGAGCAGCCUUAUAAGUGUGAUAUAUGUGGCAAAGCCUUUAGUUACAGUUCAGACCUUAUUCAGCAUUACAGAACUCAUACUGCAGAGAAAACCCGUAAAUGUGAUGUAUGUAGAGAAAAUGUUGGCCAGUGUUCCCACCUAAAACAACAUCAAAAAACCUAUUCCAACGUGAAGUCCCAUCAGUGUAAUGAGUGUGGCCGAGGCUUCACUCUGAAGUCACAUCUUAAUCAACAUCAGAGAAUCCAUACUGGCGAGAAACCCUUUCAGUGUAAAGAAUGUGGGAUGAGUUUCAGUUGGAGUUGUAGCCUCUUUAAACAUCUGAGAAGUCAUGAGAGGACAGAUCCCAUAAAUACCUUAAAUGUAUAGAUGUUUCUAUUGUAGGACAGCUCUUCCGCAGUUUUAGAGAAACGUUCCUGAAGAGAAACCCUACUCCUGUAAUGAAUGUAAUAACAACUUCAGGCAUUUCUCCAACUUAACCAUCAAACCUACAGAUAUGUUGAAAUCUUCAGUUAGAACUUAGGAACACUGGAGAAUGCACAAUAAAUAGGUAUCUAUUUGCUUUUCCCGUCAAGAAAUGCUUUCAUUAGCAUCUUCAUACUUGAGAUUUUAGACAAAGGAGAACCUGCGGAUAUGGAGGGUGAAGGAAAGCCUUCAGAUGGCACUCGUUCUUCAUCUGAAUUUCAGAACAUUGACACUGGGAAAAGCCUCAUGAAUGCAGUAGAAAUAAGCUUUGUUUGUGGUUUCUGCCUUGUUUGACAGCUUAUCUAGUCAGGGAAGAGCACACAGAAAGAGAAAGCGCUCUUUGGCAUGAUAUCUGUUUUGGUACCUCAGCAAUGAGCCUUUUCUAGAAAUGAUUACCCCAGCCACUAGAAUACUUCAGUCAUUGUUCCCAUCUGGAGUAUUAAACCCUUUGAAAAGCAAUGGACUUAAGGUAUUUAUAUUUUGGCAAAAUUGGGAUCCGGAGGCUGGAUGGUAUGCAUUCCUGCUGCCUUAUUCGAUUUACAACUUCUCCAUGGAACCCUCUCUGCCUUUUUGUUCUGUUUUGAUUCUAGCAUCAAGGUUAGCUAGUAGAAAGAGGAGUUAAGAUUGUAAGUGGAGAAGAAGCUGUGUUGGUCAGUCGCAUCUUGAGUUGAGGGGAGAGGGACCUUAGGGGAACAGAGAAGAGAAAACAGUCCAAACCACUGUGGACCCACAAGAAUGAAGGCAGCUGCAUCCAGAGAAGGAAUUGGACUAAGUUGAAUUAAGAAUUGUGGUCCAAGCAGUGUGUGUCCCAAUUCCGAGUGCCCGGAGAGAGGGCUGUCCCCUAGGAUAAUGGCAGAUAGAAUGAGUUUCAAUUUGAGUUGCAGCUAGAUUUGAAAGUAAACGGUAAUUUGGAGCGGGGAGGACAUGGCCUGGUUAGCCCUACCUUGUGGGAAGGUCUGGGUAGGAGUUGUGGGAGAAAGAUGACAUGGAAAAGAGGGUUAACUUGAUGUGUUAGAGAGAGGGAGAGAGUGCUUCUGGGCUCUGCUGAAGUCCUGCUUCUGUUGACUGCCUGGCUUACAAUAAACGCCCAAUAAAUACUU